GUGUGUGUGUGUGUGUGUGUAUGCGCGCGCGCGCGUGUAAUGUGUGCGUGCGUGUAUGGCUGAGAUGCCAACAAGUAAAUAAGGCCCGACUGUCAGUGAAUGUUCCGGAGACUUUCCGUCGCGUUGCCGGACAAAGUGCAAAACGUGGCUAAAAUAAGCACCACCAGCGAAAUCACCGAAGGAACCUCCUCAUUCCACGCCAAAUGACUCACAGAAACACGCGAAAGAAGGGCAAUGCAAAGGGGAAAUAAGCGUGCACCAGCCAGCAUUGCAAGAGGCCCGUCACUUCUUGCAGACGAGAUUGAUGCAAAUUGAUGCAGCUUCACCUUGCAACAAAAUGGUUCGUUUCUGGCUGAGAGUCUUGACACCACGAGGACGUCGCAUUUACCUCGUGUUGGCCAGCGGACUCUUCCUCCUGUCAAUAUCCUUAUUAGUUGCGCGAUCUUGGAAGCUGAAGUCGCCUGCCGGGAACUUCCUCCAUCACGAGGAACUACAAAGAACUGCCGAUGAAAUAGGCUCUAGUUUUUACUACGAGCCUCGCAAAGACACAGAGAAGGUGUUCAGUCACAAGGAAAGCAAAGGAGGUCUGACGUGGUUUGUUCAGGUUUCGGACAUUCAUCUCCGCUUGGGUGCUGAGGAAGAGGUGCAGCAGUUUCGAGAAUUUGUAGAGGAUGCAGUGACAAUCCUGAAACCAGCUGCUGUGCUUGUAACAGGUGAUCUGACAAACUCUAAGACUUAUGGGGUGAAGCUGAAGGAGAUACCCCAGGAAUGGGCCAUAUAUAAGCACUCCGUAAGGGACAGACUCAAUGUAAAUGUCUCUACCCUAUGGCUAGAUAUUGCAGGCAAUCAUGAUAAUUUUGAUGAGGUGAAUCAUUCCCACUUCAAGUCACAUGCGGUACAAGUCUCCUUCGAAAAUACACAGACAGCCAGAAGGAUCAUUGUGACAGAUGGUGACGGGAGAAACAUAACUCUCAUUCCAGUGGACGCGUCGCUCAAGCCAGGCAUCAGGGCUUAUAAUUUCCUGGGUUAUCUUCCUGACGAUGAAUUUAGGGAGCUACAGAGAACAGCCAAAGAUGCGUACACACGGGGGGACAUUGUCUUGUUCUAUGGCCACUACCCAACGAGCACCAUCAUCACAUCAAGGGACCUGAGGAGGCUGUUGUCAGGAGGAACGGCCUAUCUGUGCGGCCACCUCCAUACCGGCUUCAGUCUCGCAGAUCCUAUGUGGAUUAAGCAUCCUAUCGGCCUUAUGGAGCUGGAACUUGCAGAUUGGGCUCAUCACCAUAGGUACCGGAUUCUGUCUGUUGAUAAUGGCAGAGUAACCUGGCUUGACGUUAACCACUCGUCCUGGCCCGUUGUGCUUGUGUCAAAUGUUAGCUGUUAUCCAAAGGGGGUGUCCUCCGUCAGGUACAUUGUAAGGCUUCUUGUUUUCUCUAAUGAGGAGGUCUCGGCUGUGUCAGUGCGUAUUGAUGACAAUUUGGGCCACUGGAUAUCCUGUAAGCACAGCCAUGGCCCACUAUACACUGCAGUAGUUGAUGUGCAUACAGACCAAUGGGAGCCUCAGGUCACAGAGGAAAAUUUUGUGAAGAAUUUGCAGAUUUUGAUUGGCAAUACUUCAGGAAGUAAAACACUUCUAAGGAUUGGUACAGAGGGAGCUGGCUUUGCUCAGCCACAUCCGUCUCGCAUCGGUACCAUCAUGCUUACAAUUAAUCUUCAUGAUGCGUUCAUGAUCAUCUAUGUGACGGGUGUUGGCUUGUGUGCUGUCCUCCUCUUACUAGGAAAGUAUCAAGUCUUUUGUCAGCCAGUAAUUCCAAAGAAGUUGAUGUGUGCUGCGUCAGGCCUGGCACACAACCAUGUUGUGUUUGUCCAUCUGCUUAUCUUCCUUUUUUAUCCUCUCAUUGGACCAUGGUAUAUUGGACGCCUUGCUGGGGAUAAAUAUGGUGUUGUGUUCAUGUGGGGAAUUUUUGUGGACUCCUCUGCACUACCUGGAGAAUUAACAUAUCCUGAUGCCUUCUUCCUGUGGAUUACUCUACAACUGCCUGUGUUUAUUUUAGUUAUGAUGAAAAAAGGAAUAAGCUUGGAGUCAGCCAGACACCGGUGUGGAUGUUGGGUUACUUUCUGCAUGAUGUUGAUAGUCCUCCUGCAGUUGCCCAGCAUCCUUUCCUGGGUAUUUCUUGACAGCCUUCUGCUCAAUGGUCCACUGAGGCUGGGUCUGACUUCCAUUGCAGUGUCACUCUGGAAAAGGUUCUAAUUCCAUUGUUGAUUUUCAAUUUUAUUUAUAUUUUAUUAUUAUUUAUUUAUUUAUUAAUUUAUGUAUUUAUUUCUGUGAGCAAUGCCAAAGGAAAAUGAAGGAUGACUUCUAAUAUGAUCUCUUGUAGUUGUGAUUUUAAGUUACUUUAUUUCUGUGUUAGUGAUUUGUGUGUGUGCCUUGGUCAGUGACCUUCUCAUGAAACAGGUUAUUUUAUGACAUAAUGAUAUUGCAUACACAGGGUAUUAUAAAAAGGUGAAGUGGUGUAUGGUAUGAAAUAACUAUUACCACUAACUUUUAGGUGAAAAUGGUGUUAAAAUAUAAUGGAAAGUCUGUACGCACCAUUUUCUACAUUGAGCCAACUACUUAAAUCUCAUAAUCAAAUACUGCAUUCAGGUUUUUAUUAUUACUGUUAUUGUUAUUUCUUUUUGUUGUUAUACAGUAAACUAUUUUGGUGUUAGAUGUUGGAUGCUACUGAAGGGUAAGAAUGUUAUAUACUGAAACUGUACUUGGUUUUUUGCUGUUUUUACUAAAUUGACAGUGUAUAUUGGAUAACGUCUUCCUGUAGAUUUUAUUACUUCUUCCUCUUGAUUUUGAUUCUUAUAAUGGAAUGUAAGAAGGUGACGUUCAGAACAUACUAAAUAUGUAAUUCAUGUAAUGCAACAGGAAUAUAAUGGGCUGUAGUUUAUCUGGUGUAGUUAUGUAGUAAUGGAUAUUCAGCAUGGCAUAAGGAGGAUCUUAUGGUUGAUGCUUGCAAUAAAUAAUUCAGUAUUAUGCUUCCUCUUUACAGUCAGCAGCCAAGUAACAUGCUGGACCAAAAUGAUGCAACUGCUUUGCUAGCAUUCAAGUAGUGUUUGAAGCUGGGAGAUAAAGUUAUUAACUGGUACAUGCUCAUAAAAGUAUCAGUCAGGAUGAAAGUGUUGUAGGUAAAUGUAUAUUGGCUGUAUAUUUAUAUUUAGAUGAUGUAUACAGUGUGCAUGUAGAGUGAUAUAGUUUGCCUUGUUCUGUUAAGGAAACAAAUUAGGGCUGGAUAUGUAGAAAACAGAUUAAGAUUCAUAGUGCUGUGAUAGAGAGAAUCAGUAUAAGUAGAAUUAUAUAUAGUAGCUUCAAGACAAAAUCAGCAUUGUGCAUAAAAAGGAAUUAUGAAAAUGAUAUUAUUAUAUAGUGAGUGAGACUCAUGGUCCGUAGAUUUCUAUAAGGCAUAAUUGCAUUAGAAUGGUUAAUGCCUAAAAGUAGACAAAGCAUUGAAAGUAUUUUAAAGAAUUAAGUUUCAAGUAUUCAGUAUUAGCCCCCCUGCACCAGAUGACCUGAUAUAAGGAUAGUUGAGGAUAUUUCCUCUGUAGAUAUCAGUCGAUGGUACCUGCUGCUGUGGGAUUAAGCCAUUCAUCAGGGCAUUCAAACUAGUCUCUUAUUCUCCUAAUUUUGUUUGAUUAAGUUUGUGGACGGAUUUUAGAGGAAUAUAGUUGUUUUUUAAUACUAAACUAUAUCACAGACAUUGUGGCAGAAGAUGGGAAUUUGAUUGAAAUAUUCAGGGGCCUCAUGCCUGGGUUUGUAUAAUGGUAAUCUCAUUAUCAGUUUGAUAGAUAUCUCAUGUUAAAACCUUUUGACAUGAUAGAAUUACUUCUCAGUAUCUAUAUCUAUGUUUGUCAGUCCAUUAAUCUAUCUAUCUAUCAGUUUUUCGCUCUAUAUAUAUGGGCAUGUGUAUCCAUCCAUGCAUUCACCUCAGCAAUGUAUUAGGUGAAAUCUGAUGAAUGAUCAGGUGCAAGAAAAUGUUAUGUCACACAUUGCUUGGUGGGGAUGCAAGGAUUUGGGGUUAGUUUGGCUUUGCCUCAUGGUCUCUUUGUAAACAAUCAAUAUUUCUGCCAGUAUAGAUCCUCGAAAGUAUCUCUGUGUGAAUGGCAUGGCAUAUUUAUUUUUACCUUCACCAGUUAUUAAUAUGUGAUAUAGAAAUCAUGUUUAUCUUUUACAAGUCUUUGAUUAUGAUCUCAGUUAGCUCCCUCAAUAAGUAGUGUAGUGACUGCCAUUUAGGUUAAUUUCUUUACAAUGGACAGGUGAGGAGUACAUUUCAUAUGAAAUGUGUGUGUGUGUGUGUAUAUAUAUAUAUAUA